ACACGCAACUUCCAUCUCGAUUUUUCAGGAAAGUAUUACUUGAAUUCCUUGUGUGCUAGUGCUACUUCAAUCAGGCACAAAGCAUUGGAUCGUUCCACAGGCUAAAAAAUAAAGCUAUGCGCUCCUGAUUUCGAAUGCGCGAAUGGAUGAGUAUUCGAGCUCCGGAUAAGCUUUUUGGCCUUCCCCAGAUGCAGGCGGCGGGUAGUGUGUGGAUCAUAUAAACCGCCUGUCCAGGAAGUGCCUGGCGCGUAUGGGAAGGUAGUAACGGGCGAGAAUUCUAUAAGAGGAAAGGCUAAACAGUAGAGGGUAGUGGAGCACAGCGCAAACCCUCGUUCCACAAAUAGCAACCAUCCGGUUUGGUUCACCAGUUAAAAAUAAGGCUCACUGCUCCUUCCUUUUUCCAUCCACUCCUCCUCCUUCUACCUUUUUUCCUUCUUCUUCCUCUUGGCGAGCUCAAUUAAGCAAGCCAGCGUUCUUCUUCUUCUUCUUCUUCUUCUCGAUAGGGAGAGGGAGAGAGGCGGUGUUGGGGGGAUGUGCGAGUUAGAUGAUUUCAGGGAGCUGUAGCAGGCCAGGGGGAUUGUGCAGGAGGGGAGCAAUGGGUCGCGGCAAGAUUGAGAUCAAGAGGAUCGAGAAUGCGACGACAAGGCAGGUUACCUUUUCCAAGCGCCGUGGGGGGCUCCUGAAAAAAGCGCGCGAGCUGGCGAUUCUGUGCGAUGCCGAGCUCUCGGUUAUCAUCUUCUCCAGCACCGGCAAAUUGUUCGAGUACGCGAGCUCCAGCAUGAAGGACAUCCUGGAGAGGUACAGCAAGUGCCCUGAGAGAAAUCCCAGCAGCCCGCUGGAUGUUGAUCUCGAUAACGACUACUGGAAUCAGGAAGUGGCAAGGCUCAAGCAGAAAAUCGAGCAACUGGAGAACACAAAAAGGCAUAUGAUGGGCGAGGAGCUCACUUCUCUGACAGUGAAGGAGCUCCAGGAGCUGGAGCGAAUGGCUGAGAACGGAUACAAUGAGAUCCGAGCGAGAAAGUUGACACUGAUGAACUUGCAGGAGUCGCUUCUCAUGGAAGAGCUCGAGGAGCUCCGGCGCAAGGAGCGUGAGCUGCAGGACGAGAACACUCAACUUCGCGAGCAGGUCGAGGCAGCGGAAGGGAUAGGAAGUCACACGCUACGUUCGUUUACAGUGCUAACCGAAGCUCGAAGCCCUUCGGAAACAAGGGAACCCACGACGAUCACACCGGGAGCUCAAGCUCAGGACAACUUGAGGGACGAGUCCGACACCUCUUUGCAACUCCGGUUAUACGUUGAUACGAAUGGAGAUGCCAGUCCCAGCUCCAAUGGACACAACAAAGGAGAGUAGAGCACUUGAAGCAAAGGACCCACCCCUGCAGCAUAUACUAAUACUAUAAGCUUUGCUGAUUUUGACUGAAAAAAUAACAAUACAGAAACAGAGAAUUAGCGUUU